UCUCUCUCUUUUUUAGCUUCAGCCUUUCUGCCAAACUUUCAUUUUCUUGCCAUUUCAUCCCCUGUUUUCUCCCUCCUUAAACAGAGCACUCUGUUUCUGGAAACUUUCCCCUCUCCUUUUGUUAAUUUCCUCUAAUGGUGAGUUUCAUUAAAGAAGGACAAAGGAUGGCGAACCAGAAUGCGGUGAUGCCUGCUGAAACAAUCAACAUGAUAACUGUGGCGGCAGCGGUAUCGGUAGCGCAGAAGCCGCCGGUGGUGCCACUGAUCGGCGGAUACGUUUCUUUGUCGAAGAAAAAACUGUUGAAAAACCUGGAAAUCAAUGGCGGCAACAGGCUUAAUUCUUGGGUUGACUCAAUGAGAGCCUCUUCUCCAACCCAUCCGUCUCUUGACCAAAGUUCUUGGAUUCUUCACCAACCGUCAGCUCUGGAGAUGUUUGAGCAGAUAAUUGACGCCUCAAAAGGGAAACAAAUAGUGAUGUUUUUGGACUAUGAUGGAACUCUUUCACCCAUAGUUGAGGACCCAGAUCGAGCUUUCAUGUCCAAGAAGAUGAGAAAGACGGUCAGAAAGGUGGCCAGAUGUUUUCCCACUGCCAUCGUGAGUGGCAGGUGCCGAGACAAGGUUUAUAACUUUGUGAAAUUGGCUGAGCUUUACUAUGCUGGCAGCCAUGGCAUGGACAUUAAAGGUCCAGAAAAAGCUUCUAAAUACAAGAAGGACAGUGAAGCUGUUCUCUUUCAACCCGCCAGUGAAUUUCUUCCCAUGAUCGAUGAGGUUUACAAGCUCUUAGUAGAAAAAACAAAAUCGACAGAAGGAGCUAAAGUUGAGCACAACAAAUUCUGUUUGUCUGUUCACUUUCGUUGUGUUGAUGAAAAGAAAUGGAGUGAAUUGGCCCAGCAAGUUAGGUCAGUGUUGAAGGAAUAUCCAAAACUGAGACUCAACCAAGGAAGGAAGGUAUUAGAAAUUCGUCCUACUAUUAAAUGGGACAAAGGGAAAGCUCUUGAAUUUCUGCUAGAAUCACUGGGAUUCGCCAAUUGCACAGAUGUCUUCCCUGUUUAUAUUGGAGAUGAUCGAACAGACGAAGAUGCAUUCAAGAUGUUAAGAGACAGAGGGCAAGGCUUUGGAAUUCUUGUGUCAAAAUUUCCCAAGGAUACAAGUGCUUCUUAUUCUUUACAGGAGCCUCACGAGGUUAUGGAUUUUUUGGGACGGUUGGUAGAGUGGAAGCAACACCAGUGAGGGCAACGUUGAAGAAAUUAAUGUAGUUAAAGACUUAAAGGCUAGAAAAAUCGGAAAAUAAUUAUAAAUAAAUAUAAUUAUAAAUUAAUCGAAUUCUUACACCCUUUUGAAUAUUAUUGUUUAAAAAGGGUUAGGAAAAUCGAUGAAAUUAUGUAAUUUCUUGUUCAGAAUAUAUAGAAAAAAUGAACAAGAAUGAGGAAAUUAAUUAGUUAAAUAUUAUUAUAGAUUAAUUAUGUCUAUUUUUUUUUUUUUUUUUUUUUAGUGGGGGGCUUGAAGGCCUUGUACAUCUUGUAACCAGUUAUGUACGAGGGUAUAAAUUAUAAAUUAUUGUAA